GGACCAAUGCCCUUGACCAUGACGCACCCUCAACUGCUAUUUGCUCAGACACAGCCCGCGUGAUUGAGCCUCCACUCCUCCAGCUGUUUUGCGUCACCGUUCCCUUUACUGAACAGUUUGAUGGGGCGUCGGGCGGAUGACAGCGGGAACGGUUGUGAUCACUGGCGGAAUCCUGGCUACAGUGAUCCUCCUCUGCAUCAUCGCUGUCCUGUGCUACUGUAGGCUCCAGUAUUACUGCUGCAAGAAGGGCACAACGGAGGAUGCAGAUGAAGAGGAAGAGGAAGGGCACGACCUCCCCACCCAUCCCAGAGGCUCCACCUGCAAUGCCUGUAGUUCCCAAGCCCUGGAUGGCAGAGGCAGCCUGGCACCUCUCACUGGCGAGCCCUGCCAGCCAUGUGGGGUGGCUGCGAACCACUGCACCACUUGCUCCCCAUACCGCUCCCCCUUUUACAUACGGACAGCCGACAUGGUGCCCAAUGGGGGUGGAGGUGAGAGGCUCUCCUUUGCUACCACAUACUACAAAGAGGGAGGACCCCCACCCCUCAAACUGGCAACGCCCCAGAGUUACCCGGUGACCUGGCCAGGCUCUGGGCGUGAAGCCUUCACCAAUCCAAGGGCUAUUAGUACAGAUGUGUAA